UGUCGCCGGGACGCGCGUCCGUGCACGAUAUUCGACGGCAUAACAAUAAUUAUUUACAUUUUUAUUUUCUAAAAAAAAAAAAACAAAUCGCACUCACAUACACAUGCAAGCACGCGAUCUCGUGUUAUAACAACACGAUAUAAAUUAAUAUGUUUUUUAUCCGCACUGCGCAUGAUAAUUAUAACAAAAUAUACCGGCGGAUUGUGUUAAAAUAAACGCAACAACAACAACGAGACGGCUCGGCGGCCGGCUGUUCUCGCGGGCCCCGUCGACUCGUUUUCGUCGUUCCAACAACACAAUAUAGCGUACUAUUUUUAAUGAAGCCAAUAAUUAUUCACUGCUCUGUUUGUUGUCGUAAUAUAAUUUAUUAUAUACCGUUGUGUUAAAAAAAAAAAAUCUAGUUUGCACGCGGUCCAAGUUCGUUGCGGACGCCGAUUGUUUUAUGGUUGAACGAGCACCCACCGUGAGUUCGACCACGUCAAACGCGUGGGCGCCGGGACACGCGUGGUCCCAGUACUGCAGCCCGUCCCCCGGUGCCACCACCCUGGCCACCCUGAUGCCGUCCGCCCUGCACAGGGGCCCCCUCCGGAUAUCACCGGUCAAGACCGAACCGUACGACAUGUCGGCCGACAUACCGUCAAUAAGUAUUUUUUUAAUUGAUAUUUCAGAGAGACGGCGGCUGAGUCUGUGCGUGGGCUGUGGCGGUGCGAUAAACGACCAAUACAUACUAAAAGUGGCGCCCGACCUGGAGUGGCACGCAGCGUGCCUAAAGUGCGCCGAGUGCCAUCAGUUUUUGGACGAACAUUGUACCUGUUUCGUGAGAGACGGGAAAACCUAUUGUAAAUUAGAUUAUGUCAGACUAUUUGGCACGAAAUGUGAUAAGUGCAACCUGAGCUUCGACCGGACCGAACUCGUGAUGAGGGCCAAGACGAAAGUUUACCACAUGGAGUGCUUUAGGUGCAACGCGUGCAGCAGGCAACUGAUACCGGGAGACGAGUUUGCGCUCAGGGACGACACGCUGUUGUGCAAACAAGACCACGACCACCAUCCGAACGUGAACGGCAGCAGCGCCAAGAGCAAAAUCGCCGCCCAACUGCAAAGCAGCGAAAACAACAACAACAACACCGCGCUGGCCGACCACAACACCAGCAGUAACAACUCGUUACACCACAACGAAGGGUCGAAUUCCGAUUCCUCUGAAUCGGGGUCGAACAAGUGUUCUGGUCGAACGGGAUCCGACGGACCCGGUAACAGCCGGCUUGGUUCGGCCGGCAAAGGCUCGUCGGACGGCAAACCCACUAGGGUCCGGACCGUGCUCAACGAAAAGCAACUACACACCCUGAGGACGUGCUACUCUGCCAACCCGAGGCCGGAUGCGCUCAUGAAGGAGCAACUGGUCGAGAUGACCGGACUUAGUCCGCGGGUCAUACGCGUGUGGUUCCAGAACAAACGGUGCAAGGACAAGAAGCGCGCCAUCGCCCUCAAACAGCAAAUCCAACAAGACAAAGACGGCAGAAAAAUGGGCUACGGCAGCAUGCAGGGUAUACCUAUGGUCGCGUCCAGCCCGGUCCGGCACGACAGCCCUUUGGGCAUGAACCAAAUAGAAGUGCAGAGUUUCCAACCGCCGUGGAAGGCGCUGUCUGAGUUUGCGCUGCACUCCGACCUGGACCGGGUCGACACCAGUCAACCGCACUUCCAACAGCUCGUUAAUCAGAUGCACGGUUACGACAUACACGGUCCGCCGCCGCCAAUGACCAGGUUAGACAUUGAUCCGGGUCCGGUUGACAUGAUGCAUCCAGAUUCUACCGACUCGUUCGUCACGUACCUGGAGAGCGACGACAGUCUCCACAACGACACGUCGAGUCCCUGAAGACAAUUUGUUUUGAAAAAAAAACAAAAAAACAGGAGUAUAAUACAAUCCACAUAGUUUUUAUAUGCCUACCUCCUAUACUAGAAAACCUCUUUAUACUUUUUCGUCGUUCUACGUCUUCUCCCCUCUGCGGUGUGCGAUGGACAUGACGUGUGUAUCCGCCUAUGUACAUCUCAAACUGUAAUACUUUCGUUUUUCACUCAUCUCCUCCCUGUGUGGACGUGCACUCGUUCGUGUGUGGUUCGCGGCUGUUAUCUUUAAUAUUUUAUUAUAUUAACUGAAAUAACAAUAACCGAGCAAGCCAAAGCCAAAAUGAUAACAUCGAACGCGGACGGAAAGACGGGCUCCGGUGCAGUAAUAAAAAUUAUUAUAAUAAUUAUAUUAUUAUUAUCUAUAUGUUGU